GCCUUGCCACUUGGAGAUGCUUGGCUUUAUGAGGCCAGAAGAGGAGCGUCUCCAGACUGUACACAGGCCAGCCGUGACCCUUCGGAUCAGAGAGAAUUCUGCAGGCUGCAAAGUCCCGAACUUACCAUGGCGCCUGGAGAGAAGAUCAAAGCCAAAAUCAAAAAGAAUCUUCCAGUUCGAGGCCCCCAGGCACCGACCAUUAAGGACCUGAUGCAUUGGUACUGCCUGAACACCAACACCCACGGCUGCCGCCGCAUCGUGGUGUCCAGAGGCCGCCUACGGCGCCUGCUGUGGAUCGCGUUCACGCUGACCGCAGUGGCCCUCAUCAUCUGGCAGUGUGCCCUCCUCGUCUUCUCUUUCUACACCGUCUCUGUCUCCGUCAAAGUCCACUUCCAGAAACUGGAUUUCCCUGCCGUCACUAUCUGCAAUAUCAAUCCCUACAAGUACAGUGCUGUGAGUGACCUUCUGACUGACUUGGACAGGUUGACAAAACAGGCCUUGGUGUCCCUGUAUGGGGUCAAAGAUGUCUCAGACAGUACACCUCGGACACGCCGGGAAGCAGGAUCCACACAGUCCACCUGGGAAGGCACACCACCCAGAUUCCUCAACCUGAUCCCACUGCUGGUCUUCAAUGAGAAUGAGAAGGGAAAGGCCCAGAACUUCUUCACUGGUCGGAAGCGGAAAAUCAGUGGGAAAAUCAUUCACAAGGCUUCUAAUGUCAUGCACGUUCAUGAGUCAAAGAAACUGGUGGGAUUUCAGUUGUGCUCAAAUGAUACCUCUGACUGCGCCACCUACACCUUCAGCUCAGGAAUCAAUGCCAUACAGGAGUGGUACAAGCUUCACUACAUGAAUAUCAUGGCACAGGUGCCUCCAGAGAAGAAAAUCAACAUGAGCUAUUCUGCAGAAGAACUGCUGGUGACCUGCUUCUUCGAUGGGAUGUCCUGUGAUGCCAGGAACUUCACGCUUUUCCACCAUCCAAUGUAUGGGAACUGCUACACGUUCAACAACAAAGAAAAUGCCACCAUCCUCAGCACCUCCAUGGGAGGCAGUGAGUAUGGACUGCAAGUCAUCUUAUACAUAAAUGAAGAUGAAUACAACCCCUUCCUAGUGUCCUCCACUGGAGCCAAGGUGCUUAUCCAUCAGCAGAAUGAAUACCCCUUCAUCGAAGACGUGGGGACUGAGAUUGAGACAGCAAUGUCCACUUCCAUAGGAAUGCACCUGACAGAAUCCUUCAAGCUGAGCGAGCCUUACAGCCAGUGCACAGAGGACGGCAGCGAUGUGCCCGUCACAAACAUCUACAAUGCUGCCUACUCCCUCCAGAUCUGCCUUUAUUCAUGCUUCCAGACGAAGAUGGUGGAAAAAUGUGGCUGUGCCCAGUACAGCCAGCCUCUGCCUCCAGCAGCCAAUUACUGCAACUACCAGCAACACCCCAACUGGAUGUAUUGUUACUAUCAGCUGUACCAGGCCUUUGUCCGGGAAGAACUGGGCUGCCAAUCAGUGUGCAAGCAAUCUUGCAGCUUUAAGGAAUGGACCCUGACCACCAGCCUGGCACAGUGGCCAUCUGAAGCUUCUGAGAAAUGGUUGCUGAAUGUUCUCACUUGGGACCAAAGCCAGCAAAUAAACAAAAAGCUCAACAAGACUGACCUGGCCAAGCUCUUGAUAUUCUACAAAGACCUGAACCAAAGAUCCAUCAUGGAGAGCCCAGCCAACAGUAUUGAGAUGCUUCUGUCUAACUUUGGUGGGCAGCUCGGCCUGUGGAUGAGCUGUUCGGUCGUCUGCGUCAUUGAAAUCAUCGAGGUCUUCUUCAUCGACUUCUUCUCAAUUAUUGCCCGCCGUCAGUGGCAGAAAGCCAAGGAUUGGUGGGCCCGUAGGCGGACACCGCCCUCCACUGAGACUCCCUCCAGCCAGCAGGGCCAGGAUAAUCCAGCUCUGGAUACAGAUGACGAUCUGCCCACUUUUACCUCUGCUAUGCGCCUGCCUCCAGCCCCGGAGGCCACGGUGCCUGGCACACCACCCCCCAGAUACAAUACCUUGCGCUUGGACAGUGCCUUUUCCUCCCAGCUCACAGACACUCAGGUGACCAAUGAGUUCUAAGACAGGGCUGGAAAACAACCACGGUUUGAGGAGACUCUUCCUGACACAUAUGGUCCUCCUAUUCUUGUUCUGGCUUUGAUACAUGACUAACAGCCUGCUAUGAACAGGAUAGGGCAUGGAAAUUCACAGAAGGACCUAAUGGGACCUACCCCAACAAUCAUAACUUCCAGAAUGAGUUAUAUUCUGCAACCCGGACUCGGCACUUAUAAGCUAAGGAGUCAAAGGCCUGGGCCAACAGUGAGCUCUUCUCAGGAUCCUGACAGAGAAGUGUGCUUCCGAGCCCCAAACUCAGGAGUUUACCCACAAUAACCCUGACCUAGUAUGUACCUCAAGCACAUGAUCUUGGGUAGCAAGGCUGGCCAGCUAUUGCCUGAUGGGUGUGACAGAAGAAAUUAGCACCAUCUUGGAUCCCAGCAGUUGGUUGCUGACAUCAGUCAUUGACACUGGGACAAGGUGUCCUCUGUGCCCUCAGACAGACAGACAGUUGGCCCGGAGCCUAGGGAUCAUGUUUGGAGAGGGCACAGUAGAGAGAGGCCAAGGGGUGUGGUAAGAUGUCCCCACUGUGAAAGCAGGGUGGGGCAGUAGAGAAGGGCCAGUUAAAGGGACACUCCUGCCAAAUGGUACUCCCAUAAUCUCAGCUCGAGUGGUAUGCUGCGAGCUGUACCAAGCACUGAUGUAAGUUACUCUAGGGCAUAACAAACACCAGCCUACAGACCCAAUCCUUUUGUCUUUGAACUGAGAGUACAUAUAUGUGUGAGAGUGUGUGUAUGAAUGUGUAUAUAUGUAUGUGUUUAUAAUUUUUAUAUAGCUAAUAUAUACAUAUAUCAAAAAUAUAAUAUUUUGUGACUUGUGAAAAUCAGGAGAUUCAAAUGUUAGUGUUUAUAAAUAAAGUUUUAUUGGUAAGCAAUCAU